AUGUCAGGGGUGACUGCCGCCCCGAUGGGCAAUGACCACGUGAGGGAUCUCCAGAGGGAGGUGGAAGAAGUAACAAAUGUCAUGACUGAGAAUGUGGAGCGAAUCCUGGCUCGAGGUGAGAACCUGGACACACUCAGGAAUAUGGCGGAGGACCCGGAGGCCAGCUCUGAACACUUUAAGACCACAUCCAAGAAGGUUUCCCGGAAAUGCUGGUGCAGGAAUGAAAAGAUCAUCGCCAUCAUCUGUGUGAUUGUGGGAAUCAUUAUCCUCCUCAUCAUCCUCCUCGCCACUGGAGUCAUCCCCACAUAG